AUGUCAUUUUUCCUAAAAUGUACCGCACUCGCAAAAGUCGUUCAGAUUAAUGAUGAAUUGAAUACAUUAAAAAUUCUUUAUAAAAUUGAGAAAUACAAAAGUUCUGAUGAUUUCGAUGCAAUAUAUAAUUUCCUUGAUCAUCUUUCACAGAAUAGGUAUCAAAAACUGAUGAUUAAUGCUUGUCAGGAAGGAUUAACUAAUAAGAAAAAGAAAGGAUCCGAAGGAUAUAUGCUUCAUGAAGCUUCUAAUAAAGGAAAUCUCAAACUUGUCAAAUCACUCAUCGAAUGUGGAUGUGACAUAGAAAUAAAGGAUAUCCAUGAAUGCACUCCACUCAUGUAUGCAUCAUUAAAUAAUCAUCUUGAAGUUGUCAAAUAUCUCAUCUCAGUUGGAUCAAAUAAAGAAGCAAAGGAUAAUUAUGGAAAUACUCCACUUAUUUAUGCAUCAUAUAAUGGUCAUAUUGAUGUUGUCAAAUAUCUUAUCUCUGUUGGUGCUGACAAAGAAGCAAAGACUAAUCGUGGACGUACUCCGCUCAUUUAUGCGUCAAUAGAAGGAAAACUUGAUAUUGUUCGAUAUCUUAUCUCUGUUGGUGCUGACAAAGAAGCAAAGGAUAAUGAUGGAAAUACUCCACUCGUUUUGGCAUCGAAAAAAGGUCACAAUGACGUCGUAAAAUAUCUCAGUCGGAAAUAUUUUAUAGAUUUUGGCUUUAUACAAUCGAAAAUUUGGAAAAUAAUCACAUUAUUGGCUUCAAUAAAAAGAUUGAUUCGUUAA